AUGCGGGCGGAGGAGCCGCUGGCGCUGGCGGCCCCACGGGCGGGCGGAGGCGAGGCGGAGGCGCCGGGCGAGGAGCGGAGCGGCGGCAGCUGCUGCAGCAGCGAGCGGCUGGUGAUCAACAUUUCGGGGCUGCGCUUCGAGACGCAGCUGCGGACCCUCUCCAUCUUCCCCGACACGCUGCUGGGCGACCCCAGCCGCCGUGUGCGCUACUUCGACCCGCUUCGCAACGAGUACUUCUUCGACCGCAACCGGCCCAGCUUCGACGCCAUCCUCUACUACUACCAGUCCGGCGGGCGGCUCCGCCGGCCGGUCCAUGUGCCCCUCGACAUCUUCCUGGAGGAGAUCCGCUUUUACCAACUGGGCCAGGAAGCCAUCGAGACCUUCCGGGAGGACGAGGGCUUCAUUCAAGAGGAGGAGAAGCCCCUGCCUCAGCACCACUUCCAGCGACAGGUCUGGCUGCUCUUUGAGUACCCUGAGAGUUCUGGGCCGGCACGGGCCAUCGCCAUUGUCUCCGUCCUGGUCAUCCUCAUCUCCAUCGUCAUUUUCUGCCUGGAGACCUUGCCUGAGUUCCGCCAGGAGCCCAAGGGCACCCAGCCCGGCUUCGGGGAGGUGGUGCCUCCAGGCGACGAGGCGCUGCUGCUGCCGCCGCCGCCGCCAAGUGGGACUCCACCACCUCUGCGCCCCACUGCCGGCGCUGGCCCCUUCUUCACAGACCCUUUCUUCCUCAUUGAGACCCUGUGCAUCAUCUGGUUCUCCUUUGAGCUUCUUGUCCGCUUCUUUGCCUGCCCCAGCAAGCCCGAGUUCUCCCGCAAUAUAAUGAACAUCAUUGACAUUGUGGCCAUCAUCCCCUACUUCAUCACCCUGGGCACCGAACUGGCCCAACAGCAGCAGCAGAAGCAGCAGCCCGGGGGCAGCAGCAAUAACGGGGGCCAGCAGCAGGCCAUGUCCCUGGCCAUCCUCAGAGUCAUCCGCUUGGUCAGAGUCUUCAGGAUCUUCAAGCUCUCCAGGCACUCCAAGGGGCUGCAGAUCUUGGGGAAGACUCUCCAGGCCAGCAUGAGGGAGCUGGGCCUCCUCAUCUUCUUCCUUUUCAUUGGUGUGAUCCUCUUCUCCAGCGCUGUCUACUUUGCAGAGACUGAUGAUCCUGACUCCCUGUUCACCAGCAUCCCUGAUGCUUUUUGGUGGGCAGUGGUGUCCAUGACCACCGUGGGCUAUGGGGACAUGUAUCCCAUGACAAUUGGUGGCAAGAUCGUGGGUUCUCUGUGUGCCAUCGCGGGUGUGCUCACCAUUGCCCUCCCUGUCCCUGUCAUUGUGUCCAACUUCAACUACUUCUACCACCGAGAGACUGAUCAUGAAGAACAGUGCCAGUACACCCACGUCACCUGUGGCCAGCAGCAGUCACCCUUCUCUGAGCCCAAGAAGGGGGACAGCAAUCAGUCUCUCAGCAAAUCUGAAUUCCUGGAAGCAGAAGACCUGGAGUCCAUGAAAUAUUCCAACUUCAUUCCUCCCAACAACCAGGGUUAUAAAGAAAAGAAAAUGCUGACAGAAGUGUGAUCAGUUUUGUUAUCCUGGGUCCAGACAUGGGGCUGCAAGCUGCUGCACAGCCGUCUUUCUACUAGCAGCUGGAUCUGUUCAGCAUUUACAUGCCAGACUGUGAAUUGUGAUCUUGUAAACAGAAUGAUUGUGAUAAUGGGGUCUUCUGCCCUGAUUUGCUGUUUCUCAUUACCAUGUGCAGCCAGAAAUGUUCAUGCUUUAUUCUAUGGAGUGCUGUCAUCCCCCAUGCCCUUGUGAAUUUUGUUCUCUGGUUUUGAAGACUCUUUUAAUCCAGUAUUUGCUGUGAAACCUAGUCUUUCUACUCCACUAGCAGAGAAGCCCUUGCCACUACUUCAGUUGAAGGAUUCAACGGAGAGUAAAGAGUUAAAGGGACUACAAACAUCUGGCUCAAGCUCUCCGCUUAGUUCCCAUGCCAGUGAAGUACCCUUGGCUGUGGGAUCAGUCACGCCUGCCAUGCCAUUGCCUUUGAAUAAUGGAAACCCUGUACCCAGCAUCACAGCGAGUUCUGCAACUGUAGGAGGAAAGUCAGCAAGCAGAUGCCAGCCUUCUUUGCAACCCCUGGCUUACUAAAGACCCUCUUGGUUUGUGUUUCGCUACUUGUUAUUUGUGACCAUUUGUCAGAAACAGGCUUACAGAAAUCAACAGGCUUGGUGAAGAUUCUCUGCGUUUUGAGCUUAUUUCAGCCGUAUUUAUGUCAGUGCCCUGAUGUUAAUUGGAUUUUAUGGUACCGACUUAAUCGUCAUAGUGGCCUUCUCGUUCAGCAUACAGUGAUCCCUAUGGAGAUAAAGAAGAAUGAGUAUAAAGGAAAUUCAGGGCAGCAAGAUACAGGGUAAGGACUGAAGUGUCUUCCAUGCUGUGAUUGAAAAAACAGCAUCAACCCUAAAAGCAAAGGAACAAACAGCUCCAGCAUCUGCUACUACAGCAGAAGUAGGUCCUGUUUACAUCGGGGAAAGAUCUGCAGAUUACAGCAGGAGUUAAUCACAGCUUUCCCAAAAGCUAUCAUCUGACUUGAGGCCAAAAGAGAUGUGCAUCAUUCCCAGGAGCUGUGAGGAAAAAUCCCUGAUAAAUCAAAUCCCACUAGCUAUCAAGUUCUAGGCUGGAUCCUGGAUGCUGCAAGACUGUCAUAUUGGGAUGCUGCAAAAGGGAUUGUUGCAUUUUCUUACUGUAGAGCUGGUAAAGUUUCCCUGUGUGUAGGGAAUGCAAGGUUUAUGAGCAGGAAUCUCAUUUCCUUGCUUAUGGUUUUCUUGUUUCUGUGUUUUUUAAAGAGGUUAACACUCUUAGUUCCAGGAAACUGGAACUAGAUAUGAAUGAUUGUUGGACGAGAGAGGCAGGAAGAAUCCUAUACAAAGGUGUCUCAUUUCUGGGAAGACUACAUAAAGCUGGAUUCAGUUGCCAGUAGCUAAAUAUCAUCAGUUUAUGAACUGUUCAUGAAAAGCCCCAAACAAGCAUCGAGUGCUGUGGGAAGCUGCAAAUUGACAUAGGGCACUUCCAAAAGACUUCAUUGAUGAAACUUCUUUGAAACAUUUUUUUCAAGUGGAGGAUCCAGUCCUAGCAAAUGCGUAAGGUCAGCCCUUAGAAGAGCAAAUGGCUUUCUCUAGAGAGUGAAAAAAUGUGGCCAAAGUCUGUCUGUCUUCCUGUCUUUCGACCUUGGAUUACUGUGCCAUUUAAAACUGUGUUUUCAUAAUUCAGAUAAAUGGUAGACGCUACACAUAGCUCUACAAGUAGUAAUUGUCCUGUUCACGUAUAAUAUCUGAUAGCUAAGUAAUGGGCCCAAAUUAGAGGUAUUUCUCAUUUACCUAUGAAGUGUCUUGCUUUAGUGUAGGUAUAGUGAUUCUUGCUGUGAAUGUGUGAGUCCAUUAUGUGCUUUAAAGAAAAUAGUGACUUAGUUUCAGUGCUUGUAGAGAGUUUCACUGAAACUGCUGCUUGUACUCUUUCAUGUGAUUUAGAAGGCCCAACAGCCAGACAAUUCUGAAAAUGUAAUAUAAUUGUGUGCAGCAUUCUCAGAAAAUGCUAUGAAGUCCUCUCCUGUUGCACUAUUGUGAAAAAAACCUUUGCUGCUUUUCAAGCUCCACAAGUCUGUGUUGUGCUGUGCUGAAACUGAUAUAAACUGAAAAGUGAAGGGUAGAGAGAGGUGCUCUGGCCUGGAAUCUCCUCCCUUUGGCAGCAGCAAAGGUCAGUCAUGCAGACAAAUAUCCAUAACCAAAGGUGAAUCCACCCUGAGCAUGUUGCCAGCUCUCUGCAUAGGAAAGAGGGAGGACAGGUAGAAAGAAUUGAUUCUGGGAGGGGAGAGACUAAGAGGAAGUAUAUAGUAAAGGUUACUCUGAGCAUGACCAGUGAGAUUUUCAGAAGGCACUCUGAUGGAUGCUGGGCAUCCAACUUCUCUGUUACUCUUUACCAAUAACACCCUCUACAUUUUCAUGAGAGACUUUUAGCCUGACUGGUAGUCCUUGUAGUCAAUGUGUGAAGAAAAAGAGGUAGAAGGCAACUCACACUAAUUUGUCAGCUCUGAGGGUCUGAUCCUCUGAUGAGCUGUGGCUUUCUGACCACCUGUGACUCAAUGAGGCUUAUAGGACUGGACUUAAAGAAACCGUGAGGUACCAGAUCCAAAGAUGCUUUAGGAGCAGGUCUGCUCUGUAGUCCUGAGCUUGGAUGUGAGCCUGCAGUUCUUAGCAAGCAACAUUCACUCCUUGUUCAUAGUGUUUGGGCACAAACAAUAACAGAGACCUACUCUACUUCUUUGUGCAGACCAGCUCGCAGUGUGGGACUUCUCUGAAUGUAUCUUGGUCUGUGUGGGAAGGCCAUGUGUCUGACUGUGGGUAAGCCAGAGCUGUCAUGGACCCUUCUUGUAAGGGUAGUUUUCUUCAGAGUCCCUCUAAGUGCAAACUGCCUUUAGAAAGGUGUGAAUAUGCUGCAGAAGUCUAUGGGUACCCCUUCGUGGCAUGCAGAUCUGAGACUUUAGACCACACUGUGUGCCAGCACAAACAACUGGAAUGUUUGUUACAGGAUUGCUUUGCUUUUACUGUGAAAUAUUGCUCCAAUGUGUUGUUUCAAGGAAGGCAGUUGGAAUUUGCAGGCCAGUUCAUGUAGUGACAUAAGGAAUUCUAGCUCCCUUAUUGGAGCUAGGCUGAUUUAUACCAGUCUGAUCCAACAUUUCUGACAAAUUGUGGAUGGUAGAGUCUUUUUGUUUGUUUGCUGCACUGAAAACCUGAAGCCUUUUGAAUAAAGUACAUGAGGUUAACAGAAUUUUUAGAUGGAGCGUGUGCUUCAAGGAUGUUUGCUUGGAAUGGACUUUGAGAAAACAAGUUUUUUUAUAGAGAAUCUCACGUGCAGUGGAAGAAGAGGUUAUUUGGCUUGAAACUUGACCAAGGAGAUUGGACUCAAGUGAGCUUUGAAGAGCAAUUGUUGUCCUUAUUCGUGAUGCCAUAAUACGUGCUUGACUCUAACCUAACUUUGCACAGGCCAGAAACUGAUGAAACCAUGUAACUAGAUAUUUGUGAUUGUUCCCACCAGUGUGAUCCACUGUUAAAUAGG